GACAUCACAUGACCCGCUGCAAUAUAGUAGCCUAAAAUAACCUUUACACCGUAAAAAUACUCGUUUAAAUGCCCUACAACCCACACAGGCUUACGUUGUGGUAUGUUCGUCUACAAACGUCCUGUAACCAGACGCAUUUGUUGAGCUGGCUAAACAUCACCGUCUUUUCUCUAUGCAGGGGCACAUUCCAUCCACCGGGAGUUUUCACAGGAGCCGACACACCGCCGCCUUCUUUUCACAAGCCAGGGGGCGCCCGUGAUGGCCAGUGACCCGAGCGACCCAUACAUCUUCACCACGGCAACGCUGCCCCCUGACUCCCGCUUCCUGCCUCCGCUGGCCAAUGGGCUGCUGGGAUGGAGAGUCUACGGCAGCAUCAUGCACAUGGGCGGGAUUUAUAACGGACAGGCCGGAGACUGUCACCGUGCCGACGUGCCCUGCCCGUUCGCUGUGAAGAUGAGGAUGGGCGAGGAGGAAGAGGCAACACACACCUACAGCCUGGACACUCGUACAGGUCUGUUCACACACAUGGCGUGUACGGAGAGUGUGUGUGUGUCCCAGAUGUUCUACGCUCACCGCCUGUACCCCAACCUUCUGGUGAUGGAGGUGCUCAUGGUGCGUCAGGUGACCUCGCAGGAACCAAUCACGGUGCAGUUUGACAGCUCCUUCCGCCCUCAGAGCAAAGACAUCGCCUUCCAGGAAGGAUCUGACUACAGGGGAGGAAAGCACAUCUUCGGGCAGACCCAGACCGCUGAGGUCCCUGGGGGCUCCUGUCUCAACGUGCACCUCAUCUGGACCCCAGUGGUGACAUCACUCACCCUGGAACCAGAGCAGAGCCAAUCACGGUGGGGCUUCCUGCUGGCGGCCGCUGAGACCGAGGAGAACAGCCAAUCAGCUUACGACCUGGGCCUGCAGCUGAUGACUGACGGCAACCUAAGGCCCUCCCACAACAGGGCGUGGGCCGACUUCUGGUUGGGUAGCAGGUUGGAGAUUGCGGGGGAGGAGCCUCUGAGCCGCGCUCUGAUUGGCUGCCUCUUCUACCUGCUCAGUGCCUUCCCCUCACUGAACCAGACCACUGAGGCCUUCGGUGGGGUCAGUCCAGGGGGGCUGUCCAACGGGGGACAGGGACAGGACUACUGGGGACAUGUGUUCUGGGACCAGGACACAUGGAUGUAUCCAGCCAUUGCCCUAUUCUAUCCUUCUCUGGCUCGCACUGUGCUGGAGUACCGUGUGCGAACACUAGAGGGUGCUAGAGCAAACGCUGAACAACAGGGCUAUAAGGGUGUGAAGUUCCCUUGGGAGAGUGCAAAUUCCGGUAGAGAGGUGUGUCCAGAGGACAUCUACGGGGAGCAGGAGAUUCACAUCAACGGAGAUGUCAUCCAGGCCUUCCAGCAUUACUAUUACCUCACACAGGAUUUGGAGAUGUUCAAAGCGGGGCGUGGCAGUGAGGUGGUGUGGGGCGUGGCUGACUAUUGGGUCUCCCGGGUAACCUGGAGCUCUGAGGACCAAUCAUAUCACAUCAAAGGUGUAAUGCCUCCAGAUGAGUAUUACUACAAUGUGGACGACUCUGUCUUCACAAACACUGUUGCUAAGAACAGUCUGCUCUUUGCUGUAGAGCUAGCCUCCCUGCUGCAGUACCCAGCUCCCCCAGAGUGGCAGGAGGUGGCCGACCGGCUCAAGAUCCCCUUUGACCCAGAUCACCAAUAUCACCCAGAGUUCAGGGGCUACAUUAAGGGUGGUGUGGUGAAGCAGGCAGACGUGGUGUUGCUAGGAUACCCACUGGGUCUUCCCAUGAGUUCCAAGGUUAGACGGAAUGAUCUGGAAGCGUACGAGCCCGUCACUGAUCCACGUGGCCCUGCUAUGACCUGGGGCAUGUUUGCGGUUGCAUGGCUGGAGUUAGGUGAGACUGAGAGAGCACAGAAACUCCUGGAGAAAUGCUAUAAAAACAUCCAGGAACCUUUUCAGGUGUGGAGUGAGUCGUCUGAUGGAUCAGGGGCGGUGAACUUUCUCACUGGGAUGGGAGGCUUCCUGCAGGCCGUGCUGUUCGGCUACACCGGCUUCAGGGUCCAGAAGGACUGCCUGUCCUUUUCUCCUAUCCUGUCUGGAGCCAUUGCAGAGCUGAGCGUGACCGGUGUCAGUUACCUAGGCAACAAGCUGAACUGGCUGGUGAAGGGGGAGGAAGUGACUGUGAAGCUGUGGGAAAAAACAGAGCAUGCUGGGAAGGCCUGCGCCCUGGAAGUGGUGCUCAAAGCCUCAGGCACCAGGAUUCCCCUCACGCCAGGCCAAUCAGUGACCUUCCCUCGAGAGGCGGGAGAACUGAGGAAGCAGGAUUCAGGACAGUCCUGUUGGCCUAUUUAACUAUCUCGAUGUCAAUCACUCAUCAGAGGGACCCAGGACCCACCUGCUGUGUCACCUCACCUCAUCUUACCCAAUCUUCAGUCUUCAGCCCUCAGCCUUCAGUUUAUUCCUACAGAAUGAUUGAAUCAAAUUUGCCGAUGAUACAACUUUGGCCUUAGAAUGUGAGCACUUUAUUUUCUAGGCUAACAUGCACGCACAUGCAUGCACACACACACACACACACACACACACACACACAAACACAAACACACAUACACACCUGCACACGCACCCACCCACACACAUACACAUACACACAUACACACACAUACACACACACGCACCCCCCCCCCACCCCAUACACACACACACACACACACACACACACACACACACACACACACACACACGCACACACCCACACCACACACACCUGCACUUAUUCAGGAACUUAUUCAGGAAGCACUGUCUGAAUCUAUGCUGCUGUUUAAAGCCAGGGAAUCACUCACACAGACAUGUGCGCGCGCGCACACACACACACUAGGGAUGUGACAUAUUUAAAUGUAAAGAGGAGAAACAUUCUAUAUCAUAUCAUUAAAUAGCCAAUGAAAACUUGAUAUGAUCAAGAUCCACAUAAGAUGGGGUGACGAUUUGCUGAUUGUCAGUCUGAACUGCGUGGUUGUCUGUGAUCAGAUUAUCCUCUAUAUAACGUCUGUCUAUGUGGGUAUCUGUAAUCAUUUCAUCCUCAUCAGGCCAGAGCACCACUGGAUGGGAUAUGUUAAUGUCAGUCUGUGGGUGUCUGUAAUCAUUAAUAUGUUGAUGGUCAGUCUGUGGGUGUCUGUAAUCGUCAAUGGUUAGUUUGCGUGGGUGUCUGUAAUUGUUAAUAUGUUAAUGGUCAGUCUGUGGGUGUCUGUAAUUAAUAUGUUAAUGGUUGUCAAUGGUCAGUUUGCGUGGGUGUCUAUGAUCGUUUUGUACUCAUCGUCUCACUGGACAUGAUCAGGCCUGAUCUCCACUGAAUAGCUGCUUGAUACCAGGCCUAAUAAACACAACAAACCAUACACCAUA